CUUUGAAUUUCUCACCACAUAUGUUUCUGAUUGUAAUUCGAAACUAAAUUGUUUUUCAUUCAUAAAUUUGAAUGAUUUUUAAAAAUGAUUCACUUAAAAAGGAUAAUAUCUGUAUCAUUGUAUCCGUUGCAAAUAAUACGACAACGAACAGCUUUGACUACUAAUCUAUUGAUAUCGAAUGGUCAUCAUCGAAGACUUCAAUCAACUAAAACCGAAAAUAACAAUGUUGAAGAUGAUAGCAAACCAAUUCAAUAUACAAAAAGUAAAGCUUUCCGUUACAAAGCAUAUGAAAAUUUUAGAGAAAUAGAAAAUGAAGAAUCCACUGUACCACCAUACAAUAAUAUUGCCAUAAAAUUAUCAUUCGCUAUAUUUUUGAUCUAUUUUCUUGCAUUACGUGAACCAAACGAUAUCGAUGAUCUAUUAUCAAGAGACUUGUUUGAAAUUGUUCCUGAAUUAGAGAUACCAAUGCUUGAAGCCGAUAUGAAACGAUUAGAACAACAAGGAAUCAAUGUGGAUGAUUUGAAACAAAAAUUAAAUGAAUUAAAACGUUUAGAAAAGGAAAAAGAAAAGCAAUCAUAGAAAAUUUACGAAGCUAAUUUCAAGUUAUUACAAUUUAUGCCUAAUCAUUAAAGAUAUACUUUGUAUCCAUUGCCAUGUCAAUAAUAAACUUGUUUACUAAUUUAA